CUUCUUUUGUUUUGUCAUCUUAAAACAAAACGGAGAGAAAAUUACUAUACUCGUAGAUUAAAUCUCAUUUUAUCGAAAUCCUCAAUGGCGGAUCGCAUUAAAGGUCCAUGGAGUCCUGAAGAAGACGAGCAGCUUCGUAGGCUCGUGGUUAAAUACGGUCCGAGAAAUUGGACUGUGAUUAGCAAAUCGAUUCCUGGUAGAUCGGGGAAAUCGUGUCGGUUACGGUGGUGCAACCAGCUUUCGCCGCAGGUUGAGCACCGGCCGUUUUCUUCGGAGGAAGACGAGACGAUCGCUCGAGCUCACGCGCAGUUCGGUAAUAAAUGGGCGACGAUUGCUCGUCUUCUCAAUGGUCGUACGGACAACGCCGUGAAGAAUCACUGGAACUCGACGCUCAAGAGGAAAUGCGGUGGUUACGACCAUCGUUUCGAAGAGGAUCAUCGGCCAACGAAGAGAUCGGUGAGCGACGGUACUCCUCCUGUUGCUACUGGGCUUUAUAUGAGCCCAGGAAGCCCAACUGGAUCCGAAGUCAGCGAUUCAAGCACAAUUCCGGUUUUGCCAUCCGUUGAGCUUUUCAAGCCUGUGCCUCGUGCUGGAGGCGUUGUGUUGCCGCUUCCCAUCGAAACGUCGUCGUCUUCUGAUGGCCCACCGACUUCGUUAAGCUUGUCGCUUCCUGGUGCCGACGUAAGCGAAGAGUCAAACCGUAGUCACGAGUCAACUAAUAACAAGAAUCCGAACCGCCAAAACAACAAUACGAUGUCGUUUUUACCGUUUUCUGGUGGAUUCCGAGGUGCGAUUGAGGAGAUGGGGAAGUCGUUCGCCGGCAACGGCGGGGAGUUUAUGGCGUUAGUGCAGGAGAUGAUAAAGGCGGAGGUGCGGAGUUACAUGGCGGAGAUGCAGAGAAACAGCAAUGUUGGUGGUGGAUUUGUCGGAGGAUUCAGGGAUAUGGGAAUGAUUCCGAUGAGUCAAAUUGGAAUUGGGAGAAUCGAGUAGGGAAAUGAGAUUUUAGGAAAUGUUACAAAAGAUCAUCAAAUCGUCACGGAAAAAUUGUACAAGGACAAAAAAUGCUCUGUUUUUCUCCAAUGGAUUAGGCAUACGAAUUUUGGGGUUUAUUUCAAGAAAUGUAUAGAAGUAAUCGAGUGAAGAAUGUUCUCGAUUCAUGGACCUAGAGACGAAGACGAAAAUUAAGUUCAAAUUUUCUCUUAGACUAUUUAAUAAAAUUUUCUUGUCAACUAGGUUAAUCGUA